AUGGCAUCCGCAAUUGUAACAGGAGCUACUGGAAUCCUUGGUCGCGAGAUCGUCGGUCGACUCGGCCACGAUUCCAAGCAAUGGAAAACGGUUUAUGCCAUGUCGCGUAGCAAAAAGGAUGAGUAUCCAUCAAAUGUGAAGCAUAGCUUUAUCGACCUCACUGGUUCCGCCGAUGAAAUGGCCAAGAACUUGCAAGGCAUCGAGGCGGAAUACGUCUUUUUCGCGGCCUACUUGCAGAAGGACACCGACCAGGAGAACUGGGACGUCAAUGGCGACAUGCUCCAGAACUUCCUUUCCGCCCUCACCAAAACAGGCGCAGCCAAGAAAAUAAAGCGAAUCCUUCUCGUCACGGGUGCAAAGCAAUACGGCGUGCAUCUGGGCGUCCCCAAGAACCCCAUGGAAGAAUCCGAUCCCUGGCAGCGCGAUCAAUCAUUUCCUCCCAACUUCUACUACCGCCAGCAAGAUGUCCUACAUGCUUUUUGCGAGGAACACUCCCACAUCUCUUGGACGGUAACUUACCCUAACGAUGUCAUCGGUUUUGCGAAGGGAAACUUCAUGAAUCUGGCUACUUCCGUGGGCAUCUACGCCGCAAUCGCAAAGGAGCUUGGCCAAGAUUUGGAGUUCCCAGGUUCCGAGGCCUUUUACACCAAGUUUGACUCUUUCACUUCGGCGAAGCUUCAUGCAGAGUUUUGCGAAUGGGCUGUCAAGGAGCCAAAGGCGGCCAACCAAGCAUUCAACGUGGUGAACGGUGACGUGGAAAGUUGGCAGAACCUGUGGCCUAAGCUGGCGCGUCGCUUCGGGCUCAAGGUUAAGGCAGACCAGUUUACUUCCAAGUCACAGUUGGCCAGUGAGACGGAACUGUUUGAGAAGCCGCCUUUGAGUCUCGUUGAAGAGCGGUCAGGAUUGAAGGGCAAAAUCUCUCCGAGCAAAGUCGAGCAAAGAAUUGAUUUGACCAAAUGGAGCCAACAGGAAGAGGUCAAGAACGCCUGGAAUCGGCUUGCAGAACGUGAGGGUCUUGAGAGCGAUGCCUUUGACAAGGCAACUUGGGCUUUCCUUGGCUUUGUGCUGGGCCGUAGCUACGACUUGGUUAUUAGUAUGAGCAAGGCGAGAGAGAUGGGAUGGACUGGGUACACCGACACUUGGUUGAGCCUAUCGGAUGUUUUCCGGGAGCUUGAGUCCCAGAAGAUUCUACCUCGUACUCAUUAG